AGAAAUGGUGCGUUGGAAAACAUAAUAACCGAUUUAAAAGCUACUUCAGACCCAUUUAGGUAACGGUAACGGUAACGGUAACUCAGAAGUAAACGCUGAACUUUAACCAGUUGGAGCAGCCAAACAAGACUGACAAUUAUUUGUGGUGCCAACAGAGUGUACAAGUCAAUUCUUGAUUGCCAAGGGAAAAAGGCAUGAUGUUUCCUUUCACGUUUCACCUACUAAAGUUAUUGACUCAUUACUGUCUUUUUUUUUAAGUGCUUAUAAAUAGUAAGACAUUUCAUUAGAGCUUCAAUCAUUAUUUGUAGUUGUUAAUUUUUCAUCUAAGAAUCCUAAAUGGGUUUUCCAUUUGUAUUUCUGUUAGUCCUAUCCAUCCAAUAUAAUGCGUAUUUUAUCAGCGGUUCUGACCCUGAUCCAAUCGAAGACUUCUGCAUAUCAGGAACAAAACCGGGUUAUCCGAGUUGCAUGAACACGAAUGCAACAGUUGAAGACUUUGUAUUCACAGGAAUAAAGGUGGCAGGAAACUUGACAAACAGCGGGUUCAGUUCGAAACCUGUAAAUGGAAAUGUCUUUCCUGGGCUAAACACGUUAGGAUUGUCGAUGGUUAGAGCUGAUUUUGGUGUAGGUGGUGUUAAUGUUCCACAUUACCAUCCUAGAGCUACAGAAGUUGCUUAUGUACUGGAGGGAAGUAUUUAUUCUGGAUUUGUUGAUAGUCAGGGAAGAAUAUUUGCUAAGGUGAUUGAGAAAGGUGAGGUAAUGGUGUUUCCUAGGGGAAUGUUGCAUUUCCAGAUGAAUGUUGGUGAGUCUGAUGCAGCUAUUUUGGGAAGUUUCGACAGCCAGAAUCCCGGCUUGAUGAGAAUCCCAUCUACUGUUUUUGGGUCUGAUAUCAAAGAAGAGCUUCUACAAAAGGCUUUUGGUUUGAGUUCAAGAGAUCUUCGCAAGUUGAAAAACAAGUUGAGCUCAUCCUAAGUUUUUAAUAUAAUUAUAUUUUUACUUUUAACAUUUCAUUCCAACCAUCACCAAGUGCAAUCAGAGUUGUGUUCUUUUCCAACAACUGUAAGUUCUGAAAUAUAUAGUAAAUUUCCAACCAUUUUCCCUGCAAUAA